AUGAGGGAAACAUCUCACGAAAAUUUGGUUCGUUUUAACGGCUGCUGUAUUGACGGAACGGUCGCUAUUCUGAGCGAAUUUUGCCCAAAGGGUUCACUGAAGGACCUGUUGGCCAACAGUACUCUGAACCUGGACUGGCUCUUCAGAUAUUCACUAAUUACUGAUAUCAUAUCCGGAAUGUAUUAUUUGCAUAAUUCAGAGCACGUAUAUCACGGAAGACUCAAAUCAAGCAAUUGUUUGGUUGACUCGAGAUUUUGCGUAAAACUCACUGAUUUUGGUCUCAGAAAAUUCAAAGAAGAAGCCGGUUAUCAGACAACCGGCGAAUCGGAAUUAAUAAUACCUGAAAACUCUUCGACCAUUAAUUUGAAUGAUAGAGUGAAAGGCAAAUGUAGAGCCGAUUCGUUGUGCGAAUUUAAUAUCGGUCUCCUAUAUAUGGCUCCCGAACUCCUUUGUAAAAGUCAGUGCACGGAUGCAAAGAAGUGUAAAUUUCAUGAUUAUAUCAGUGGAUAUUAUGGCACUCAAAAGGCUGAUAUUUACAGAGAACAGCCAUUCUUUCCUCAUUACAUGAAUAUGGAGAUCAAAGACAUUGUCAAAGAAGUGAAGUCAUCUAAUCUGAGACCUUGCGUUCCCAUCGAUUCGUGUGACGAGAGAUUGCAUUCACUUAUGAAGAAUUGUUGGUCUUCUGAAUUGGAUAUAAGACCGGAUUUCAAUUCAUUGAAACACGAGAUCAGAGGUAUAAUGAAGUCGAUGGGCGUCGGAGGCAUAUCAGCGGCUCAGUCGACGCUCACUGAGAAUCUAUUGGCUCGUAUGGAACAGUACGCCAACGAAUUGGAGUCUAUAGUCGAGUGCAGAACCCAUGAACUCGCAGAGGAAAAGAAGAGGACUGAAGAACUACUUUACCAGAUAUUACCAAAACCAGUUGCCGACCAACUCAAGAGCGGGCAUAUGUUUGAACCUAAUUUCUAUGAUUCGGUGACAAUAUAUUUUAGUGAUAUCGUCGGCUUCACGUGUAUGUGCUCUCAGAGCACUCCAAUGCAGGGUGAUGCAUAUAUGGUAGUGUCGGGGUUACCGGAGCGGAAUGGUGUAGAGCACGCCCGACAAAUUGCUAAGAUGUCACUUAAAAUUAGAGAUAACGUCCAGAACUUUGUAGUUCGACAUAAGCCUAAUGAGAAAUUGCAGCUUAGAAUCGGAAUUCACACCGGGCCGACCUGUGCCGGAGUUGUCGGUAAUAUAAGACCUCGAUUCUGUCUGUUUGGAGAUGCGGUGAAUACUGCUUCCCGAAUGGAGAGCAAUGGAGAGCCGCUUAAGAUUCAUAUAAGUCCGUCAACGAAGUCUGUGUUAGACUUAUUCGGAACCUUCGUAUUGGAGGCGAGAGGAGACAUACCUAUCAAAGGCAAGGGAACGAUGAAAACCUAUUGGCUUAUCGAAGAAAAGCCUCUCAACUAAAAUCACUUAUAUUCCUGUGAUCUUUAUAUACUCUUCACAUAUCACACAAUUUACCGCUUAUUUAAACUCAAUUACUUCAAUAAACACUCCAUUUCUGUCAUCUAUUCAUAAAUCUGUUUAGUUUUUCAAUCAAUUCAUUUAAGAA